GUGCGGGGCACACUGCCUGCGGUAUAGCUUCCCCUCCGCUCCGAGCUUUCGCCGCGUAGAUCCGGCCCUCAACAUAUCACCUCAUCCUCCCAGUCCUACCUACUCGUUGGUCAAUCAACUGACACUCAUCGAUGCACACCAUGUCCGGCUAUCCUACUCUCCAGCCCGCCUUCACGAUCAAGGUUACCAUCGAAGCACCCCUGGGCGUCGGCAGCGCAUCCCGGCAGAAUGCCCUCCAGGUCGUGCCCAUGACCGGCGGCAGCAUCAAGAGCGAGCCUGGGUUCUCCCCGGCCAUUGAUGCGGAAUUUGUCGGCGUCGGGAACGACUACAUUCACGCCGAUGCCGAUGGCAAGCACUGCCGCUUGAAUGCGCAUGCGGUUGCUAAACCUAAGGAUGACAACGAUCUCAUCUACGUGAACUAUACCGGCGUUGUUACGCUGGCCCCGGAGAUCCAGGCGGUCUUUGCGGGCACUGCUGAGGAGGGCUCGACGCCGUUUGGCAACGCUUUCACCCAUUUCACGUUCGAGACGGGCAGCGAACGCUACAAGGACCUCGAGUCCCGGAUCUUCGUCGCGCAGGGCCGAUUCAACAUCGAGAAGGGCAAGUCCCCUGUGGUCGAGUACCGCGUCAGCCAGGUCCUUCAGGGUUAGAAAGGCCGCUUUGCCUAGUGGCUCAUCCGUAGCCAUCCACGCAAUCAUGUGCAAUGCACAUGGGCAGAGUAGGUCUGCAAACGUGAUCGUUACAUUCUCCCUGCAAUAUCUGCGUUGGACUAGCCCUCCAGGUAGUAGUAUAAAGUACAUCAAACACAAGACAAGACAAGAGACAUGAUACCCACGACAGCCUCCCACAUAAGAACCAACUGGACAUACCCUUUUCCCCAACAAUCAAAAGACCCCCUCACCCCGAGCCCCUAAGCAAAGGCCUCCUCUCAUCGACAACAACCCGAACCUCAUCCUCUUCAUCACGGGGCACAGACCACGCAAACCCCAACCA